AUGAAGGCCGUCGCGCAGCAGCAGCCCGGCGCGUCCAGUCGGCCGCCCGAACAAGUGCGGGGCGGGGAGGCGGGGUGGGCGACCACGGGGGCCCCCGCGGGCCCUUCAGGAAGGAACGCUGGGGGAGGGACUGGGACUCCGGAUGCGCCCAGGAAAAGGGUGCGGCCGUCGAGCAACACGACAGAUGGCGAAUCGGAUGGCCCGGUGAAGCGAGGGCUGUUUGAGAAGGAUUUGCCUGGCAUAAUGUAUGGCUACGGUGACAGUGAGACCCCGAGGCAAGAAACAGUGGAGCUGGUUGAGGACAUAGUGUUUGAGUAUGUCUCUGGACUACUCCACAAGGCCAUGGAGACGGCAUCCUUGAGGGGGAAGCUGAAGUAUGAAGACUUUAUGUUCCAAGUCCGAUCGGAACCGCAGAAAAUAGAGAGGAUUCAAGAACUGCUGCAGAAAAAUGAAGAGAUAAAGAAGGCUCGCAAGCAAAUGGAUUUAGACAAUGCGGAUUAA